AUGGUGUCGACAGGCUGUGUGAUAAAUUUUCCAAGGUUGUUCAUGCUUUUCACUAUUUUUGUCAUCUUUCUUGGGAGUUGUUCGAGCGAUGAGAGCACCGAGAAGGUUCCUGUGAACUUCCGGUACAGAGAGGAUCUCGAGGCUGCCGCCAGUGAACACGGAGGUGGAAGCAAGCACGAGGAAAAGGGUGGCGGCACCGAAUACGAGGAAGAUCAUCGUAGCUUCGACGAGGAGAAGGGCAAUAAGGGAUACAAGGUGUUCCACGAGUUCGACAAAGGCGAGAAAGGCCAUCAUGAUAAAGAGGACCACAAGCGCAAGUACGACGAGAAGAAGGGAGAGGAGGAGAAGAAGCACGAGGAAGCCGAUCACUAUGACGAGAGUCACCAUGACGAAGAAGGGGAAAAGGGUGCAAAAUUUGACGAAGAGGGCAAACAUCAAAAAGGCUACAGCACCAAGGGAGAGCACAGUGUCUUCAAAAAGGACGAGUACGAGAAGAAGCAUGAUUUUUAUGACGAGUAUCACGAAGACGGGGACCAUGAGAAACAUGGCGGAUACCAUCACGAGCAUGAAGGUAAAAAGGGUGGACACGAGAAGAAAGGACACACUGAUUCUGCUCGUCGUGAGAAUCACCAUGGUAAGAAGAAGAAGCACGAGGAGGGCCAUCAUCAUCGCAAUCAGAAAGGCCGAAAGCUCGACGAAGGCCACGACAGUCAUCAUCGACACGAUAAGAAGUACGGGAAAAAGGGCGGACACGAGGCAGGGAAAAAGUGGUUCUCCAGCAGUGGUCAUUAA